UCUUUUUCGGUAAGAGGUCAUGAUACAAGUACAAUAUAUACAAUGUAUUUAUAUAAUAUACAAUUUAUAUAAUAUAUGAGGUUUCCUAGUGUAAAUAAAACAGUCAUCCAAGGAAACACAAAGCAACUCCAUUACUGUGAUAUGAGCCUUUACUUAUAGAUGGAGAAUGAGAAGAAAUGCAGAUAAACAGACUGGAUUCAUUAUAUAAACUGAUGAAGCACUGAAACAUUGUAUGAAGCAGAAGAGCAGCAGAUAGAAUAUGAAUAUGUACAGAAUAUAAUGAGGGGGUGCUAUGUUACAGAAACACACCUGAUAUCAAGUUAGAGAGGGAACCUUUCCAUUCAAAUACAGAAUAUGAAACAUAUGGAGAGCAGAGCUUUCUCACUUGUUUUUCAGCAGAAAUCAGAUUAUUUCUGUGUCAUAUGGGUCAUUGUAUAUUAUGUUCAGUCAUCUGUCUUAAUAUGAUCCAGCGUCCUAGCCAAAAACAACAACUACAGCAGCAGCAGAAAGAAGUGGAGACACUGAAAAAGAAUCUGGAGAGCCAACAGGAGGAAUCAAACAUCCACAUCAAGAAGUCUGAAGACAUAGAAGGUGAAGUCCAGCAGCUCCAGGAUCAGAUUCAGAGGAUGGAGACCGACCUGCAGAAGCUGAUGGAGUCCAACAAGAGAGAGUUGGAAAGAAGCAGAGAAGCUCCAGCAGAGUCUUCCACCUCGUUGUGGCCGCUAGUUUCCAGACAAAGGUUCCAGGAUGAGCAGCAGAGGAGGCAGAAAGCUGAGGAAGAAGUUCAGAAGAAGGAAAAGGAGCUGAAGGACAAGACGGACAUGUUGGAGGGAAAACAGGCUGACAGUCAUAAAUAUCAGGAGGAAGUGGAAACCCUGAAGACUCAGUUAGAGUCCAAGAAUAAAGAGCUGGAGGACAAACGAGAUGCUAACACACAGUGGAAGAAGAGCCACGAUGAACUGAAGGAGACAAAGAGUCAACUGAAGAGAAAGGAGGAAGAGAUCAGCAGGCUGAAGAGAGACAACAAACGAGUUGCUGACGCAGAGUGGAAGAAGAGCAACGAUGAACUGAAGGAGGCAAAGAGUCAACUGAAGAGAAAGGAGGAAGAGAUCAGCAUGCUGAAGAGAGAAUUGGACGAGAAGCUCUGGAAUGAGAACCAGAAGGCUGAUGAAGACAUGAAGCUGCUGCUGAACAGAAACAAAGAGUGGCAGCAGAUUCUCCAUGAAGAGAAGACCAAGAGGGAGGAAGCUGAGAGAGAAGUGGAGACCUUAAAGAAGGUGAAUACAAAGGUACAACACAGCAGAUGUCCUCUCACAGCCAAUCACAGUCCUCAGCAGGAGAACAGCAGCUCAGCCAAUCAGAACUCAACCACAGGACCUGGAAUCGUCAUUGAGGUCGACCAACAGGGGAAAUAUAUCCGUCUCAUAAACAAGUCCCAUGAGGACCGACCACUGGGAGGCUGGAGGUUAGAAAUGCAGGUCAACAGGAAAAACAUCUCGUGCACAUUUGAUAAAUCUUACAAGCUCAAGUCUGGAGAAACUGUCACUAUGUCAGGUCCAGGUUGUGAUAGUCAUUAUAUUCCUCUUCCUCUGAAUGCUCUGGUGGAAGGACUUUAG